AUGGACUCCAUAGACAAGAAAGUUCAUGAGAAAUUAGAUGAAGAAGAACUUGAAGAUACAGUAGAGAAUGCUAAACCUUUGUUUGAAGAAGAAGUUGGAAAAAUGUGCGAAAAACAAUUAGAACAUGAACGUGAGUUAUGUUAUGGUUAUAGAGAUUCUCCAUACGAACUAGACCAAUGGGAACAAGAAAAUUUAAAGAGAGAAUUUAGAGAAUAUGAACUCGCUAAGAUAGCAUUAGAAGCUGCAGAAAAGAAGUUAAAAGCUUGGGGUUGUUUUGUACAAAAAUAUUGUGAGUAA